AUGGCUUCAAUUCCUCCGCUUAUCGAUCCUCUAUAUUCUUCCCUACUCCGUUCUACAACCACUUCCAUCCCCGCCACCGCCUUCUUCCACCGUCAGAUGCCGUGUCUAACCUCAUCUCCUCCAGUGCUUGCCGCUAGGCUUUCUUCUCCUUACCGCCUUACAGAUCCUCGCAGACCAUCGCUCACUGUCGCUGCAGCUACCACUUUGAUGUCCAAUUCCGUGCAGACAACAUGCUCCUUUCCUUUGAAGUGUUUUCCCUUUACUAUACUAUUUUGUAAAGAAAAGGAAAACCUAUGUCUAUAUGGAUUCCCCAGUGAACAAUGGGAGGUUAUCCUACCAGCAGAAGAGGUCCCUCCAAAUCUCCCUGAACCUGCAUUAGGUAUCAAUUUUUCACGUGAUGGAAUGCCAGAAAAUGAUUGGUUGUCUCUGGUUGCUGUCCAUAGUGACGCAUGGCUACUUUCUGUCGCGUAUUAUUUUGGUGCUAGAUUUGGUUUUGACAAGUCAGACAGGUAUGUCAUUUUAUUUCUUAACUAG